AUGAGUAGGGGUACAAAUAACAGUAGUGCAUUAAAUAAAAGAAUUAAUAAAUCAUUGUUUGAUGAAGAGGAUGGACCAGUGCACGUAUUACAGGUUGGUGAUGAAGAUGGUAAAAGUAAAUAUAAAUGGGAAAAAGAACUGGAGAAGUCAUGGUUGGAUAUUAGAGAAGAUGAACAUGGUUUAAGAGUGUCUGUGGAGAAGGAGCGUAGCAAUAGAAAUCGUAGAUUAAAGAGUACAAAUAUAGAUAUUCAAAGGGUACGUCGUGGUAUGCAAAGACAUUUAUGUUUAGUUUUGGAUUUAUCAAAGACAUUGGCGAAUCAAGAUCUAAAACCAUCAAGAUAUCAAGUAUUGAUCCAAAAUACAGAACAGUUUAUUAAAGAAUUUUUUGAUCAAAACCCAAUUUCGCAGCUAUCAAUCAUCAUAACCAAGAAUAGCAAAGCGGAAAAGAUUAGUGAAUUAAGUGGCAACCCUCAAAGACAUAUACAGGCAAUGAAAGAUGCAAUUGCAAUGGAAGGAGAGCCCUCAAUUCAAAACUCACUGGAUGUUGCUAUAUCAUCCUUGUGCUAUGUCCCAAAAUAUGGCAGUAGAGAGGUAUUGUUUUUGUUUAGCAGUUUAACAACUUGCGAUCCUACAGAUCUCGCCAAGACUAUCCAAACAUUAAAGCAAGAGAAUAUAAGAGUUUCAUUUAUACAUUUAGCAGCAGAACUUUAUAUUUGUAGACAUAUAGCUGAACAAACUAAUGGAACAUCAAAAGUAAUUUUAAACGAAGAACACUUUUUAGAGAAUCUAUAUUCCAAAUGCCAACCACCUCCAACUAUUGGUAAAGUUGAAGCUGCUUUAGUUGAAAUGGGUUUCCCCCAGCAAAUUACCUCAUCGGUACCCUCAACAUGUAUUUGUCAUGAAAAAAUGAAAUAUUCAGGUUAUAUUUGUCCAAGGUGUGGAGUUAAAUCAUGUGAAUUACCAACUGAUUGUCAAAUUUGUAAUUUAUCUUUAGUAUCAUCACCACAUUUAGCAAGAUCUUAUCAUCAUUUAUUUCCAAUUCCACUAUUUGAAGAGGUUAAUUGGAAGGAAUUAAAUACAAAUGUUACAUGUUAUAGUUGUUUAACCUCAUCAGAAACGUCAAUAUUAUCAUUAUUCUUUUCUUGCCCGCGUUGUGAUCAAGUUUUUUGUCUUGAAUGUGAUAUGUAUAUACAUGAAGCUUUACACAAUUGCCCAGGAUGCGAAAAUAAUUUAAAUACGAUAAAUAAUCAUAAUAAUAACAAUGGCCAUUAA